UGAAUCGAAUCUGAAUUUCACAAUUGGCGGCCUCCCCUUGGUUUCCUAGCAGAGUGUACGUGUGGAGAAUGUGGGUGACACGGCAGUGCGCUUCUCGUGGGUGCGUGUGGGUGGUGCUGGACAUGCAGCAGCACGGUUCUGCCUGGAGUCAGAAGGUGGUGGUGGACCAGCAGUUUUCCUUCCGGGCCAACUGUAUGACGUGCGUGUAGCAUUCAAGUCCCGCAGAGCCGGUGUCUUCCGGGAGGUGUGGUGCCUGCGCACCACUCCCGAGCUGCCCAGUCUCCAGCUGCGGUUAUGGGGCGUGUGCCGUGCAGCCUCCCUCUCUGUGGAGGUAGUGGAAAGAUACCUGCACCGCCGUAUGACAGAGGAUGCAAUACGGCGACUGCUACUAGAGACGAAGGAGCGUGUGCGUUUAGAGCCAUCAGCCCCGCUGCCGCUGUCCAUGCUCUGCACCGAGCGUGAGAUCUUCAUGGCUGCCAAUGCAGGGCGCGGGUACACAUACCGUGCUGAACCUGUUGCUGAGCUGGCAUCCCUCUACCAUCGAAUUGCACCACCUGGCACACAGGGCUGCCACCUUGAUGUGCUUCACGUGCGUGACACUGUACUCACUGUGCUCACUGGACAGGAGUUGGAGGAGGCUCUGUCAGUAGUGUACCAGUGCUGUGAGAAGCUGCGAGAGCCAGUUCCGCAAAGGACAGAGGCAGCUAUGGGCCGCAGCGUGCUGGGGGCAGCAGUACAUGCAACAUGGGCAAUGGUAGCAGAAGCAGUAGCACAGGAGGCAGAGCGGUUGCGUGCGACCUGGGGACUGCCCCUCAAGCCACCAGGUUACUUCUGGCAGCCACCAGUUAUACUGCCAACCUCCUCCAGGCCCUCCACAAAAGCCACUGAGAAAGCCUCCUCUGCCAGUCGGCAGAAGCGCUCUGGAAAGCAGGCAUCACCCUCGUCAUCAGUACAACCGUCAGCCUCACAAGAGUCGGGCCUCAAGGCAGAAGUAGACCCGGCAACAGAGCAUGCUUAUCUGGCAGCUCUGUAUGUGUGCACCUACCACCACGUGGCCACUGCUGUCGACUGGACAACUGCUGCGAUAGAGUCGCAUACUGUGCUCACACCCUGAACCUGCUGCUAGUUGCCCAAGCGAAAAUAAAUGUGCCUGUAAGUGAAAAAUGUAUUGCCUGGUCAGUUACAGUUGUCAUUGUUAGUGGAAGGAAAUGAACAUUUUGGGUAAUACAUGGUCUUAUAUGCAGAGAAGUUGCCCACACUAUCUCUUACAAACGGCCAUAUUACAUAUUUAUGUAAAGUGCCUACUGCUGUGUAUAACAGCUCUUCCCUUCACAGUAUGCAUUUGGUGUAGUUAGAACAAUUAAUUUUAUGUGAAUGGCACACAGGAACUGUACUCAACAGAGAACAAUUUAGAACAUUUAUUACUCUUGAGUGACCAGCUGCAUUGUUGGUUCCAUUUUUCGUCAUACUAUAUUUUGACAAUCUACUCAGUCAUCUUCUUCAGGUGCUGUGAGCUGUGUUAUUAUGCAUACUCCUACAGUGGCAGUGGCCAUAAUGAAUGAUUUAUCUAACAGUAAUGAUCAAAUAGCAGCAAUAAACUAUCUAAUCAAUUAGCCUUAGCUAAGAAGGUAAAAGUAGAAUUUUACAGGAUUAUAAGAAUCAUGUUAGAUGACUAAAAAUGUUCUAACACUAUGAAUCCAGUUCUCCUUAACGUCAGGUCAGGGGCUAUCAUUUUGAAACAUUUACAAUCAGAGUGUCUUAUCUCAGAAAGAGAGAGCUUUAUCUAAUAAAGAGGACUAUGAGCCACUACAAACAGUAUUCAAAACUCUUCACUGUGUCUUGAACAAGUGAUGCUCUGCAGCUUCAAAGGAGAAAAAAUACCUUUCAAAAGACAUUUAUAACUCGUGCACAAUAUUUCCUAUCACUUAAUAUGGCAGCUACUUAUUCACAUAAUAUAACUUGUGUUAUACAGGUUGGUCAGAAACAGUCUGGAAAACUUGUAAGUGUGUUAGAGGACAGGUUGUGCUGGGAAAUCAUUGUUAAGAAAAAACUUCAAUAUGUUACACCAUUUCCAAGUUAAUUAACAUUGAAGUUAGUCAGUCAGGUCAUUGUGUGCACAAAUUCAAAUGGCCACCAGAGAUAGUGUCACAGAUCUACAUCUACAUCAUACUCCACAAGCCACCUAAUGGUAUGUGGCGGAGGGUGCUUUCAGUACCACUAUCCGAUCCCUCGAACCCUGUUUCACUUGCGAAUAGUGCGUGCGAAGAAUGAGUGUUGGUAAGCCUCUAUAUCGGCUCUAACUUCUCGAACUUUCUCCACAUGGUCAA